UAAGUUCAUCGUCUGUGUACUCCGGCUAAAAAAGAGAGCAACUGAAACUGGUGCAGAGGAAAAAGGAAACUAAUGCCUUAUGUGACACAACCCACCACAUUCAUUGAACAAGGAAGAAACUUCACCUGUGAAUUGCAGUACAUCACGCUGGUUCUGAGGUUCAAGCUGUCCAGGAUGGGGGACUGCUGCUUGUCAGGUGAAGACAGGGAGAGCAUGAGGAUUCACCAAGAAAUUGAGAGACAGCUUAGGAUGGACAAGAGGGACUCAUCCCGCCAACUGAAACUUUUACUUUUAGGCACAGGGGAGAGUGGGAAAAGCACUUUCAUCAAGCAGAUGAGAAUCAUACAUGGCAGGGGCUACUCAGACGAGGACAAGAGGGCCUAUGCCAGGCUGGUGUUCCAAAAUAUCUUUGUUUCCAUUCACAACCUGCUUCAAGCCAUGGAGCACCUGAACAUUCCUUUUGCUGAUGAAAGAAACAAAACACAUGCUGCAAUGCUUAACAGUGUGAUCCCUGAAAUGGUACACUCAAUCGAGCCUAAACAUGCUGAAGCCAUCAAAACACUGUGGAGAGACCACGGCCUGCAGAAAUGCUUUGAACGCAGGAGAGAGUUCCAGUUAUCAGACUCUACCAAAUAUUACCUCGAUGACAUUGACAGAAUAUCAGCAGGCUUUUACUUGCCGACUGUUCAGGAUAUUCUGCGAGUCCGAAUUCCAACCACAGGAAUCAUAGAGUACAUCUUUGACCUCCAGACAGUCGUAUUUAGAAUGGUUGACGUUGGAGGCCAAAAGUCAGAAAGACGGAAGUGGAUCCACUGUUUCGAAAAUGUUACUUCCAUCAUCUUCCUGGUGGCUCUGAGCGAGUACGAUCAGGUUUUAUAUGAGUGUGCGAAUGAGAACCGAAUGGAAGAGAGUAAGGCACUUUUUAAGACAAUCAUCUCCUACCCCUGGUUCCAGGAGUCUUCUAUCAUCCUCUUUCUCAAUAAAACAGAUAUCUUGAGGGAGAAGAUCUUAACAUCACAUCUUGUAGACUAUUUUCCACUAUACACAGGCCCUAGACGUGAUGCAGAUGCCGCAAUGAAGUUCAUCUUGAUUAUGUAUGAGGAACAGAACUCGGACACACAUAAAAAAAUCUAUGCACAUUUCACCUGCGCAACUGACACUGAAAAUAUCCGCUUUGUUUUUGACGCAGUGAAGGACACCAUUCUACGGAACAACCUGUCUGACUUUAACUUGGGUUAAAUGACAAACUGCUUUUAAAUAUACAUUGGAUUUUUUUUCACCUCUGAUUCAGUGAAAAUAUUAAUGUGAUCUGUGCUGGGAUUAUGGCAAAGUGCAUUCUGUGAAUUUAGCAUGUAGCCUACUUGCGUUUGCAUAAAUGACAGGGAUAGUCCACCCAAAAAAGAAAUAUAUAAGUGUGUAUUUUGCAGAAAAAAAUAAUAAUACAGGUUUGGAAUAAAAUGAGAGUGAGUAAACAGAAUUUUCUUUUUUGGGUGAAUUGUCCAUUUAGCUUUGUUAUUCGGCACAAUAUUUACUCUCUAGUUUUUUUCUAACCGUAUUAAAACACAUAUUAUACUUUAUAGGCCCAGAAUAGAACAGAACAGAACAAUACAAAAAUCAAUUCAGUAAUUUUUAUUAAAUGCAAUUUCUGACCCUGCCAACUUCCCAUCCAUAAGCUAUCCAGAAACUUCCCAGUAAACUAAAUCUACUUCAGAGCAACUUAGUGAGUAUCUGCCAUAUUAUAUUCUAUUUCUACACAAGAUUUGAAUGAAAUAUGAAUUAUAACAGGCUGGCAUAAAAGACAGACUUUGAAUCCAUGCAAAUCAAUUGUACCCACUGUCUUUGCUAUUCAAAUAGUCUCUCCAACACUGACAUAGAUACAAGAAUGAUACAUCAGUACAGAUAGUUUCAGCUCUUUACUCUCUAAAUAACAUUUGUUAUUUGUAAAUAUUUACUGUGUGUACAGUUACAAUUUCUAUUGUGACAACAUGUACAGUCACAACCUUUAGUAUGAUUGUAUUUAUUUAUGCAGUAUAGUAUGAGCCAAAAUUAAACUGAUUGCAAAUUAAAUAUUCAUUCCAUUAAGCAGUGAUAUAUACGUUCCAAAACAUGCUAUCCCACUUUUUGAAAAGCAUUUUAAAAAACUGAAAUUUGACUGAAAAUUGUUCAUUGUAUUUAUGUUUCAUGUUGUUGCAUGAAGAUUGCAAACAUCAUAACAUAACAGUUUUUUUUCCUCCUUGCUACUUUUUUGUUCUUAAAGAUC